GCCCGGGCGCCGAGCAUGAGCCGCCGCCGGCGCCGGCCGCGCGCUGCUCGGGGCCCGACUGCGGCGCGAGGGCGGCGCGGGAGCGACGCUGGCCCGGACCGAGGAAACUAUGCCCCAGACGUCCGUUGUCUUCUCCAGCAUCCUUGGGCCCAGCUGUAGCGGACAGGUGCAGCCUGGCAUGGGGGAGCGUGGAGGCGGGGCCGGUGGCGGCUCCGGGGACCUCAUCUUCCAAGAUGGACGCCUCAUCUCUGGGUCCCUGGAGGCCCUGAUGGAGCACCUUGUUCCCACGGUGGACUAUUACCCCGAUAGGACGUACAUCUUCACCUUUCUCCUGAGCUCCCGGGUCUUUAUGCCCCCUCAUGACCUGCUGGCCCGCGUGGGACAGAUCUGCGUGGAGCAGAAGCAGCAGCUGGAGGCCGGGCCUGAAAAGGCCAAGCUGAAGUCCUUCUCAGCCAAGAUCGUGCAGCUCCUGAAGGAGUGGACGGAGGCCUUCCCCUAUGACUUCCAGGAUGAGAAGGCCAUGGCCGAGCUGAAAGCCAUCACACACCGUGUCACCCAGUGUGACGAGGAGAAUGGCACAGUGAAGAAGGCCAUUGCCCAGAUGACGCAGAGCCUGUUGCUGUCCCUGGCUGCCCGGAGCCAGCUCCAGGAACUGCGAGAGAAGCUCCGGCCACCGGCUAUAGACAAGGGGCCCAUCCUCAAGACCAAGCCACCGGCCGCCCAGAAGGACAUCCUGGGCGUGUGCUGCGACCCCCUGGUGCUGGCCCAGCAGCUGACUCACAUUGAGCUGGACAGGGUCAGCAGCAUUUACCCUGAGGACUUGAUGCAGAUCGUCAGCCACAUGGACUCCUUGGACAACCACAGGUGCCGAGGGGACCUGACCAAGACCUACAGCCUGGAGGCCUACGACAACUGGUUCAACUGCCUGAGCAUGCUGGUGGCCACUGAGGUGUGCCGGGUGGUGAAGAAGAAACACCGGACCCGCAUGUUGGAGUUCUUCAUUGAUGUGGCCCGGGAGUGCUUCAACAUCGGGAACUUCAACUCCAUGAUGGCCAUCAUCUCUGGCAUGAACCUCAGUCCUGUGGCAAGGCUGAAGAAAACUUGGUCCAAGGUCAAGACAGCCAAGUUUGAUGUCUUGGAGCAUCACAUGGACCCGUCCAGCAACUUCUGCAACUACCGCACAGCCUUGCAGGGGGCCACGCAGAGGUCCCAGAUGGCCAACAGCAGCCGUGAGAAGAUUGUCAUCCCUGUGUUCAACCUCUUUGUUAAGGACAUCUACUUCCUGCACAAAAUCCAUACCAACCACCUGCCCAACGGGCACAUUAACUUCAAGAAAUUUUGGGAGAUCUCCAGACAGAUCCAUGAGUUCAUGACAUGGACACAGGUAGAGUGUCCCUUCGAGAAGGACAAGAAGAUUCAGAGUUACCUGCUCACAGCGCCCAUCUACAGCGAGGAAGCUCUCUUCGUCGCCUCCUUUGAAAGUGAGGGUCCCGAGAACCACAUGGAAAAAGACAGCUGGAAGACCCUCAGGACCACCCUUCUGAACAGAGCCUGAGGCGGAUGCAGCCCGCGACGCCAGAGGAAGCACGUGCACUAACUGGGUUUAAAUUUUGACUGAUGUGGGUUGAGAUGAGGAGGCCUCACUGGUUGGGGUCCAUUUUGUAUAUAACUUUUAUGAGAAAAAAAUGGUAAUUAUUUCACGCAUCAA